GUAGAAAAUGGAGGGCUGUGAUCUGGUUGUGUUGUUCAACUUCAUCUUCAUCUUCUUCCUCAUCAGUUGCUAUUCUACUGUAAUUUUAUACUAGAAUUAUACCAUGCUUUAAUAUCCAUCUUUGAGUAGUAGUAGUAGUAGUAGUCAAACACCAAAAGAAAAGAGGAAGGCCAUAAUUAUUGCUCCUCUCAACACGCCUUAAUCAACACCCUCUCCCCAUUGCACCCGCCUCUUUACAGCUUCAAUUUGUUCCUUUUACUCAUUACUCUUCCCCCCACCAAUUCACCAUCCAUUUCCCACAUUCCCUGCUUCUUUUCUUUUCUCUCUUCUUCUUCUUCCGGGGAACUGGUUGAAGUUCAAAGCUUCAUGUACACAUGAGUAUACUUCUCUCUUUGGGUGGUGGACAGAAAUAUUGAGGAGACAUUGAAGGGUCUGAUUCAUGGACACGGUUUGCUUCUGGGUUUGCUUCUUUUUGUUGUUUUGGCUUGGAAAUGUGGGUUUCUGCUAUCAAGAUGGGUUCUUGAGUUUAUCUUGUGGCGCAACUGCAGACUUCGUUGAUUCUACCAACAUAUCAUGGGUCUCGGAUAGCACUUAUGUUGAUACAGGCAAUACUACCACCAUUGAAUUCAUCGAGGGAACCUCCUCCUCACAUGUACCGAUUCGGUUUUUCCCAGAUUCCAAAGGCCGCAAGUGUUACAGAUUACCCGUGAAGAAUGUGUCAUCAGUGGUUCUUGUUAGAACCCAGUUUGUGUACAAGAACUAUGAUGGUCUGGCCAAACCCCCUGCAUUCUCUGUUUCUCUAGGGACAGCUAUUACCACCACUGCAAACCUCACUGUUUCUGAUCCAUGGACAGAAGAGUUUGUAUGGUCAGUUAAUCAAGACAUCCUCCCAUUGUGUUUACAUGCCCUUCCAGGAGGUGGAGUUCCGGUUAUAUCAUCACUUGAAGUCCGGCCUCUCCCUCAGAGAGCUUACACAAGUGGCAUGGAAGAUUUCCCCAAUAAGUCCCUCAGGAAGUGUUAUAGAAUCAAUUGUGGCUAUGCUAAUGGAUCACUGAGGUACCCUUUGGAUUCAUAUGAUCGUAUAUGGGAUGCAGAUCAAAGCUUUUCACCAUUCCAUUUGUCAACUGGGUUCAACAUUCAGCUCAGCUUCAAUUUAUCAAGUAUUGAGGAGAGCCCUCCUCUGGCUGUUCUUCAAACUGCAAGAGUUUUGGCCAGGAGGGAUACAUUGGCUUAUUAUUUUCCCCUUGAUAAGCUAGGGGACUACUACAUUGUCCUCUAUUUUGCUGGAAUUCUUCCUGUGUCUCCAACUUUUGAUGUGUUGAUUAAUGGAGAUGUUGUAUGGUCAAGUUACACUGUGAAAAACUCUGAAGCCACUGCUCUGUUCUUUACGCGAAAGGGAAUCAAGAGCUUGAGCAUCACAUUGAAGAAUAUCAGCUUCAACCCUCUAAUCAAUGCAAUUGAGGUGUAUGAGAUGGUUGAUAUUCCCUCAGAAACUUCCUCAACUACAGUUUCAGCACUUCAGGUUAUUCAACAAUCAACUGGUUUGGAUCUUGGAUGGCAAGAUGAUCCAUGCUCUCCUACACCAUGGGAUCAUAUCGGCUGCCAAGGAAGUCUGGUUACUUCAUUGGGGCUUCCCAACAUUAACUUGAGGUCAAUCAGUCCUACAUUUGGUGACUUAUUGGAUCUUAGAACACUGGAUUUGCACAACACAUCACUUACAGGGAAGAUACAGAACUUGGAUAGCCUGCAACACCUUGAAAAACUGAAUUUGAGUUUCAAUCAGAUAACAUCCUUUGGUUCUGAUUUGGAGAAUUUGAUCAGCCUUCAAAUUUUGGACUUGCAAAACAAUAGUUUAGAGGGAACAGUUCCUGAGAGCUUGGGAGAGUUAAAGGACCUUCACCUAUUGAAUCUGGAAAACAAUAAACUUCAAGGCACCCUCCCAGACUCUCUAAACCGAGAAAGUUUGGAAGUUAGAUCAUCAGGCAAUUUGUGCCUUUCCUUCUCCAUUUCAACAUGUAGUGAGGUUCCAUCCAAUCCUUCAAUUGAGACACCACAAGUUACCAUCUUUAACAAAAAGCAGCAUGAUGAUCAUAACCUGAGAACAAUUAUACUUGGAGCGGUUGGUGGAGUUUUGUUUGCAGUUAUUGUUACAUCCCUGUUAGUGUUCUUGUACAUGAGGAGAAAGAGAACUGAGGUCACAUACUCAGAAAGGGCAGGAGUAGAUAUGAGAAACUGGAAUGCAGCAGCAAGAAUCUUUUCCCACAAAGAAAUCAAAGCAGCUACAAACAACUUCAAGGAGGUUAUAGGACGUGGUAGUUUCGGAUCUGUUUACAUUGGCAAGCUUCCAGAUGGAAAACUAGUAGCUGUGAAGGUGCGGUUUGAUAGAACACAACUUGGGGCUGAUUCCUUUAUCAAUGAGGUGCAUCUUUUGUCACAAAUUCGUCAUCAAAAUCUUGUCAGUUUGGAAGGAUUUUGUCAUGAAUCAAAGCAGCAAAUUCUAGUCUAUGAGUAUUUGCCUGGUGGAUCAUUGGCUGACAAUCUUUAUGGUGCAAAUGGUAGAAAGAUAACUUUAAGCUGGGUUCGCAGACUGAAAAUUGCUGUUGAUGCUGCAAAAGGGUUGGACUAUUUACACAAUGGGAGCAAUCCAAGAAUCAUACACCGUGAUGUGAAGUGCAGUAAUAUCCUUUUGGACAUGGAGAUGAAUGCCAAGGUCUGUGACUUUGGCCUUUCCAAGCAAGUAACACAGGCUGAUGCAACUCAUGUCACAACUGUUGUCAAGGGCACUGCUGGCUAUCUUGAUCCUGAAUACUACUCCACCCAACAGCUAACCGAGAAAAGUGAUGUCUACAGCUUUGGAGUUGUUCUUUUGGAGCUGAUUUGUGGGCGAGAACCGUUAAGUCACUCUGGAACUCCUGAUUCCUUCAAUUUGGUCUUAUGGGCCAAGCCCUACCUGCAGGCAGGUGCAUUUGAGAUAGUGGAUGAGAGCAUAAAGGGAAAUUUUGAUGUGGAGAGCAUGAGAAAGGCAGCCCUGAUUGCAUCAAGGAGUGUGGAGAGAGAUGCAGCACAAAGGCCUGUGAUGGCAGAGGUAUUGGCAGAGCUCAAAGAGGCCUACAGCAUUCAGCUUUCUUAUCUAGCAUCUUGUGGCCAUCUGAAUUAAAAAGUUGAGCCAAGCUUUUGAAUGUGGAAUGUGUAGAAAAAGAGGUACGAGUCUUGGCAUGAUUGGUUCCAAAACCUUAUUUAUAUGUCACAAGUAUAGCAAGUGGUUUAGCUGAAGAUGGUUUCUUAGUCUAUUUAUAAAAAUGUAUAUGUAUGUAUCUAUUCAUUUCUCGGUUUUUCUGAAUUCUUACAUUGAGUUAUUAAUGAAGUAGACUGCAUUUGGAUGUGGGAAAGGAUGAGAGAAGAGAAAGGAGAAGUUGUUGAACUACUUUUGGAUUUCUUCUCCUUUCUCUUGUUCCUGAAAGAGAGAUUCUGUUCAAUGGCAUACACCAAUUAUUUGUGACUUGAUUAUGGUUA